GUAAGUAGGCUAGGUGGUGAGUUGUUUUGGAGUGUUAGUUCUUAUAAUUCAUGCAAUGCAGUAUUUAGAAUACACAUCAAAGUAUAUUGUUAACCGAUGACUUUCGGAAUACAUAGCCUAGGCCUAGCAGUGUAAUGGUGCUUUGGGAGAUGCAGUACAGCAGAAAUGGCAAGUGGAAAUUUUGUUGAAGACAAGUUGAUACUUUUCAGCAAAAAACAUUCAUUAUACAACUCUCUGAGUUCUGUAGAUGAGAUUGUUUUGGACUAUGUAUCAUCCAUUCUGGAGGACAUUGGAAGUGAGGAUGAAUUUGCUGUGGAAGAAUUUAUCGAGAUGAUGGAUGCUUACAUUCCAGGGUUUAUGAAAGUUGAAAGAGAUGAAGUUUGCCAAUGGAUAUUUCAAGUUGCUGAACAGUUUAAGUCACAUGGAUCAAAAAAAGAAGACACAUCUACAGUGCCAUCUGAUGCCUGUGCGCUGUUCACAAGGUGUGCAGAUCCAGGAGGUCCAACUGACAUGUCAAGUUCAAAGGUUGGUGAUUCAGAGAUUAGUUCUGAAGCAGCAGGUGGAAAGGUUAUAUCAAAUGUUUUGAACCAGCAGUCGUCUAUUGAGACCAGUGUGUGCUUGUUGUUAGAAAUGUUUCCAGCUUCCUGUCAAGUUGAGGUAAGAAGCUGUUUGUCAGUGACAGAAGGUGACAUAGAGCAGGCAGCGCAGCUCAUUUUGGAUAGACAAGAGUCAGGAGAAUCAGAACUGAAAAGACAACAGAUGAGAACGUCAGUAACUAGAAGAAACUCAGAAAAAGAUGACAGCCAACUAAAGGAGGGUAUCUUACAAAAGUAUUCUUACAUAGACACAACCGAGGAUGUCAAGGAACACCGACCAUUAGCACCUAAGGAGGAUAACAAGAAACGAGUACGUUAUAUUGGAAACCAAGUGGUGUCCACAAGAGGUGAGAGAUAUGUUGAUAUGCGACCUCGAGAGUCUGAAGAGAUGAAGAAAACGUACAUAAAUUUGAAGCCAGCCAGGCAGUACCGGUUCCACUAAUAGAUUCAUUUUAACCUGCAAAGCUUUGCAUGUAUUGAGGAGAUUUUGUUCGCACUAGUGUGACCGUUGGACAGGUUAACACUUUGCAUAAGCAGGUGUCUAUACAUUCUACAUCAUGCAAUUGAAACACUCCCAUAUAUAUGAAACUGUUUGUGUGGUCCUUGUUUUCAAGAUUUUUUUCAUUCUUGAAAGUCUUCGAAUUAUGUAAAAUAGAAUCUGACAUGGUGAUCAAGCAAUAGUUGAGUGAGAUCUUUACAACUCACUGAGAAGCGAACAUUCAUGCUAUCAUAGUUUGGUAUCAUUUGUAUGGUAUCAGUGGAAAUCUACAGGGCCAGUGCAGUCAGACUGUUGUUAUAAUCUACUGAGUGCUUUAAAUGUGUGUUUAUACAAGAAAACGAGAGCAAGGAUUUAAAACUCAAAAUUAGUUAAAUUUCCCCCAUAAGAAGCAAUAAUAUUUAUUUUUACAUAUUGUUUUACUGUAUUCAUAUGAUCUACUCAUCAAUUACUUAAACAAAAUAAAAGAUUAGGUAUCGAUAUACUGUACUGCUAGUUCCGAUGAGGUUUAUUAAUUAGCAUCUUCUUUAUUUUAUUAUUUGUCUUUUUUUUUUUGCAGUACAGUACAUUAUAGGUUUAUAAUUGCAUUAAUUUGGUAACUGCAUACAAGAUGUUUCAAACAUUUGUGAGAUCUCGCGAUGAAAUGAGACCAGGGAACAGUGAAUGAGACAUAUUGUUGGUGAGAUCAUAUUGAGAUACAAUAAUCACAGAAAUACGCCAAAAGACGAAAUUCUUUCUAAAGUUACAUUUUAAUGUUUUUAAAUAAUUUUGAUACAUUUUAAGCUUAUUUUUACUAUUAAAGUGUUUCCUGUGUAUA